UAUAAUCUUGACGUAAUGUAAUUUGCUCUUUCAGUCUAAGUCUGCCGUUUUGCCAGAACAUUGCUUAUCGACUUGGAAACACGACUUCGUGUUUUGCCCGAUGUUUAGUUGCGGGAACCAAGGCCGUUUAGUGUGCAGUAGCAGUAGCAAGUAGUCAACAUGUUAGGCACACGAGCGUUCUUCAUACUAAGUAGACAGCUUUCUAGUAGUCAGAGCACUUUCAACAAAUUAAAAAUUGCUGUGAUUGGACAGAGUACAUUUGCAGCUGAAGUCUACAGACUUUUGAAGAAAGAUGGACACAAAAUUGUUGGAGUGUUCACAAUUCCAGACAAAGGGAACAGGGAAGAUCCUUUAGCAUCCACUGCUGCAGCUGAUAAGACACCAGUAUUCAAAGUUAAAGCAUGGAGGAAAGGUGGUCAGCCAUUGGCAGAGAUAGUGAAUAAAUAUAAAAGUGUAGAUGCUGAUCUUAAUGUGUUGCCAUUCUGCUCACAGUUUAUUCCUAUGGAUGUUAUUAAUCAUCCAGAUCAUAAGAGCAUUUGCUAUCACCCAUCUUUAUUACCAAAGCACAGAGGAGUUAGUGCAAUAAACUGGACAUUGAUAUCUGGGGACAAAGUUGCUGGCUUCUCUGUCUUCUGGGCUGAUGAUGGGCUAGACACUGGUCCAAUACUCCUACAAAGAGCUUGUGAUGUUGACCCCAAUGAUACAGUUGACUCCCUCUAUAACAAAUUCUUGUAUCCUGAGGGAAUUAAAGCUAUGGCAGAAGCUGUCAACAUGGUGGCAAAUGGCACAGCUCCGAGCAUCAAGCAGUCUGAAGAAGGAGCUUCUUAUGAGCCAUCCCUUAGUAAGAAAGAACUUCAACAGGUGAAAUGGGAUCAACCUGUACAAAAUAUACAUAAUUUUAUUCGUGGGAUGGAUAGCUCACCUGGAGCAUGGACCGUUAUUGAUGGUCGAGAGGUGAAGUUAUUUGGUUCAAGUUUAUGGCAUGGUAAAGAACCUAGUGGCAAUGAAGUGACUAUUGAUGGCAUGGCAGGAUGUGGUGUUGUUCAUUCUGGUGGGUUACUACUACGUGGCCUAGAUGGAGGUCUGCUCAAUGUACAACGAAUAUCUGUUGCUGGAAAAAUGAUACCCGCUUCAAACUAUGGAAAAGAAGCUGAUACCACUGUGAAAGUACAGCUGUCAGAUGAAGAAAGAGGAAUGGCUGAAGUCCUUAGAGCUAUUUGGUCAGGGAUACUAAGUAUGGAAGUGUCAGAUCAGACUGACUUUUUCAGUUCUGGUGCUGGAUCGAUGGAUAUUGUAAGAUUGGUUGAGGAAGUGAAAGAAAAACUUAAUGUCAGUAUACAGAAUGAAGACAUCCUCAUGGCCACUACAUUUGAGAGCUUUGUUGGUCUGUGUGUAUUAAAAGCCAGAGGUGGUUCAGAUGAGAAGAAAUUGGAUCAUAGUGUUUUCAGACUGAUAGCCAAUAACAUGGACAUCUCAUUUCCACACCAGUUGUUCAUAAAUGGUGAAUUUGUCAAUUCUGAAUCUGGAAAAGUACUGAAUUGUAUAAAUCCAUAUGAUGAAUCUCUUAUUUGCAAGGUUCAGUGCGCUUCAAAAUUGGAUGUAGAUAAAGCAGUUGAAGCAGCAAAGAAUGCAUUUGCAGGAGAGUGGUCCAAAAUGAACGCACGGGAUAGAGGAAUGUUGCUGUAUAGGCUGGCAGAUCUUAUGGAAGAACACAAAGAGGAGCUUGCAACAAUUGAAUCAAUAGAUUCUGGGGCAGUUUACACUCUGGCUCUCAAAACACAUGUUGGUAUGUCAAUUGAAACCUGGAGAUAUUUUGCUGGUUGGUGUGAUAAAAUACAUGGAACUACAAUCCCAAUAAAUCAUGCAAGGCCAAACAGAAAUCUCACAUUCACACGCAAAGAGCCAAUAGGUGUGUGUGGCUUGAUAACACCAUGGAAUUAUCCACUUAUGAUGCUGUCUUGGAAAAUGGCAGCCUGUUUAGCAGCUGGUAAUACGGUAGUGAUGAAACCUGCACAAGUGUCACCUUUAACAGCACUGAAAUUUGCAGAACUGUCUAUUAAAGCAGGCAUCCCUCCAGGUGUAAUAAAUAUAUUGCCUGGUGCAGGUUCUGAAACUGGUAAUGCCAUAGCAAACCAUCCAGAUGUAAGGAAAUUAGGUUUCACUGGCAGUACUGGAAUUGGCCAAGUUAUAAUGAAAUCAUGUGCUGAUUCUAACUUGAAGAAAGUAUCUCUUGAGCUGGGAGGAAAAUCCCCUCUCAUUAUAUUUGAUGACUGUGAUCUUGACAGAGCAGUUAGAAUGGGAAUGAGUGGUGUUUUCUUCAACAAGGGUGAGAACUGUAUAGCAGCAGGACGUCUCUUUGUGGAUGCUUCCAUUCAUGACAAAUUUGUUGAAAGGGUAGCUGCAGAGUGCAAAAAAAUGGUGAUGGGAGAUCCUUUAAACAGAAGUACUCAACAUGGACCACAGAAUCACAAAGCCCAUCUUGAUAAACUGAUCGAAUAUUGUGAACGUGGUGUGAAGGAGGGGGCAACACUUGUGUGUGGAGGAAAGCGAGCUGAUCGUCCUGGUCUCUUUUUUGAACCAACAGUAUUUACUAAUGUGGAAGACCACAUGUUUAUUGCUCAGGAAGAAUCCUUUGGACCUGUUAUGGUUAUAUCAAAGUUUGCUAGUGGAGAUAUUGACGCAGUAAUCAACCGAGCAAACAACACAGAAUUCGGACUCGCAUCUGGAGUAUUUACAAGAGACAUUAAUCGUGCACUUUACAUAGCAGAGAAAAUAGAUGCAGGGACAGUUUUCAUAAAUACCUACAAUAAGACUGAUGUGGCAGCUCCAUUUGGAGGUUUCAAACAAUCUGGAUUUGGAAAAGACUUGGGUGAGGAGGCCCUUAAUGAAUACUUGAAAGUGAAAUGUGUCACACUGGAAUACUAAUAUUAUUUUCCUGGCUGGAGAUUUUUACUGUCUAUUUUUUAGAAUAUAUUUUGUCAUAUUUGAUGCACAGCUUGUAUUUAAGAAUCUCGUACUCUUGCCAUUUCCUUGUUAAUAUCUUUUUAUUACUUUUACAAAAUAUUUUAAUAAGUUUUUUCAUCCCAUAUUUGGUGCACAACUUGCAAUGAAGAAUCUCUUGCCAUUAUAAUUUAUUUUACUCCUUUCAGACAUUUAUGUUCUUUUUUUUGCUUAUUUUACGUUUCUAUAAACUUGUUGCAUUAAUAUACUGUACUGCUGGUCUGAAUGAGAAACAGAAUUGAUACUAUUAUGUGCCAUGAUAAAGCAGUGUGAGAGAUCAUCUUUCUUUGAUUAACAGGGACUUACCAGGGUACCUACUCUGGUUCAUAUUCUGAUGAAAAUGAAUGUGCAUAGACAUGUGUAGGAAUGCACAGCCACUCACAUCCAUGUUACUACUACAUGCACAUGCUGCCCCGCCCCCCCCCCCCCCCCUCCCC